AAAGAAGCGCUGGCACCAGCCCCACAGAAGGAAAAGCUGCAAAGAAGCGCAAUCGGAAGACUGUCGCAGUUAAGGAACUGAAAAAGGACUAUCAAAUCCCAGCUAAAUGAGCUACCCAGGAUACCCGGGUGGGUUUCCACCAGUGCCCACAGGUAGUAACCCAUGGGGAGCUCCUGUUAACCCUCCUCCUAUUGGGAUGGAUAACAUGUCAAACUUCCCUCAGCAAUACAACCCCCAGCAGUACAUGACUUCAGGGUACCCGCCAUCUGGUUUUGGAGGAAUGGGCCAACAACAGGGAAUGUACCCUCAAGCUCCAGGUGGAGGCUACCCAGCACCUCCAGGUGGAUAUGGAGCACCGCCAAUGCCUGGGCAACCUCAAGUUCCUUCCUAUGGCAUGUAUCCUCCUCCAGUAGCAGGCCAACAGCCAGGAAUGCCUGGGUAUAAUACAGGAUACCCAGUGGCACCUCUGCCAGGCCAACCCAUGCCAACACCCAGCCAGCCCCAGAUGCCCAUGCCUGGACAACCCCCAGUGACAUAUCCUGGACAGCAGCCUACACCAAGUUAUCCUCAAGGCCCAGCAAUGAAUCCAUCAGGGCCCUCUUACCCAUCUCCUGGUAUGCCACCUUCAACAACGCCUACUGUCACACCUUCAUAUGGAAAGGUGAAACGAGGAACCAUCACAGAUGCUCCAAACUUUGAUGCACUGAGAGAUGCUGAGGUGCUUAGGAAGGCCAUGAAAGGCUUUGGAACUGAUGAGCAGGCCAUUAUUGAGUGCCUGGGGAAUCGUUCUAACAAACAAAGGCAACAGAUCAGCCUCUCUUUCAAAACUGCCUAUGGAAAGGAUUUAAUAAAGGAUUUAAAAUCCGAGCUCUCUGGAAAUUUCGAGAAGGCAAUCCUGGCAAUGAUGAAAUCUCCAACUCUUUUCGAUGCAAAUGAAAUACGUGAGGCAAUUAAGGGUGCUGGCACAGAUGAAGAAUGUCUCAUUGAGAUUCUGGCUUCUAGGAGCAAUGCUGAGAUACAUGAAAUCUGUGCUUUGUAUAAAACAGAAUAUAAGAAAACUUUGGAACAAGCUAUUAAAAGCGAUACUUCUGGUCACUUCGAACGGCUGCUAAUUUCACUGGCUCAGGGAAAUCGAGAUGAAAGCAACAAUGUAGACAUGGCAUUAGUCCAACGAGAUGUACAGGAGCUGUAUGCUGCUGGAGAGAAUCGCCUGGGGACUGAUGAGUCCAAAUUUAAUGCCAUCCUAUGUGCACGCAGCAGGGCACACCUUAAUGCAGUAUUUUCAGAAUACCAGCGCAUGUGCAAUCGGGAUAUUGAGAAAAGCAUCUGUCGUGAGAUGUCUGGGAACCUUGAAAGUGGCAUGCUGGCAGUGGUAAAGUGCCUAAAAAAUACACCUGCCUUCUUCGCCGAGCGUCUCUACAAAUCAAUGAAGGGUGCUGGCACAAAGGACAAGACUCUUAUCCGUAUUCUGGUGUCCCGUAGUGAGGUAGACUUGCUUGAUAUCCGUGUGGAAUAUAAAAGGAUGUAUGGCAAAUCCCUUUACACAGAUAUCACGGGAGACACAUCCGGAGACUACAGGAAGAUUCUGCUAAAACUCUGUGGGGGAAACGACUAAAUAUUUGUUAAUUUUCUCUUCUAUAUUGAGAAAUAAUCCUUGUCUUUUUUGUUUUACAUUGGGAAUGUCAGAGGAUGUAUUGACAGUUUUAAGAAUUUAGUUAUUCAUGGGCAUCCAACUCCACCCUUUAAUCUUUGCAAUGUCACUGUAGUUAGUCCAGAGUGGAAACAAAGUGGCUAAUUCUAUUUGCCUAGGGACUCUAUGGCAGUAAAUUCCACUAGCUUUAUAAUGUAUGUAUAACAUACACGUACAAGUAUAAAUAUAUAAUUUCAGGUUAAUUUCACAUGAUUUCUGUUCUUCUAUUCUAUUUUAGUUGCUCCUAGGAUGGCCCACUUUUCAUCUAAUCUGUGUCUAUGUGGCAAGUUUUUUUUAUUUAAAAAGGUAAAGCAUGCAAAUUCAAUCAAAACUGUGUAUCCGUUGCCAAAUUUUGCCAAUAAAGGUAUUGGCCAGUAUUGGGGGAGGUGAGCCGAGAUGUCACUGGGGUGAGGCAGUGACUUCACAGGGCAGGGAAUUGGCAGAUCAGGGCAUAAAGUAGGUGGAUCUGGGCAUGGUGCAAGUGGGGUACGAGAACUUAAUUUGAGUGCUCCUGCUGAAAAUUUCAUGACAGAGAAUAAAUUACAAAUGUACCAACAAUUAUACUGUUAUAUUCUUUUGUUUGAUGUUAAAAGCCAUGUUUAAGGCUUCUCCUACUUACAUAUCAUUUUGCACCUUUUUAUCACAUUAAUGUGUUGCGUUAGGUAUAAAGCAAUGAUGUUAUUUUAUAAACAUUAUUUGUGUGAUUCAGAGGCAUGCCAUUAAUUCACAUGUUCUGAUAACUGUAAUUAAUAAAUACACCAUUUAUUUUACUCAAACUUCAAUACAUAUUUUGGGAUGAAGUAUUUAAGUAUUUUAUACACCUUCAUAGAUAGAUAUAUAUAUAUAUAUAUAUAUAUAUAUAUAUAUAUAUAUAUAUAUAUAUAUAUAUAUAUAUAUAUAUAUAUAUAUAUAUAUAUAUAUAUAUAUAUAUACAUGCCCCUAUAUAUAUUUUACUUUUUGUACAGCACUGCUUAAAAUAUGGACAGUUUAUAAAUAAAAUAUAAUCCAUUUUAAUUAUCUUA